ACUACAGCGAUACAUUGCACGUGUCUCUACACAGGUAAUAGUGAGUGAUGGUGAAAGGAAUAUUUCAUUGUUUUUGUAAAUAAUUGUAACUUCUAAAAUGAUCGUUCUUUGUAGAAACGUUAUGGUCACUAGUGUCUUAGUGUUGUUCUCAGUGCUCUUGGUAUACUCACAAGCACCAGCACAGACACUAGUAGGCCUACCAUAUGACGUCCGCAACUUGUGUCCUGGUGUAUGUCCCAUCCGGCGACCUCCUGCAAGUGAAGAAGGUAUUUGGUGGACGGUUCUAGCCAGCAAUACAUCCGUUGGACAGUGCGGAAUAUUGAACAACCAAUGCCCUUGCAAAUGUUUGGGAUACAAGCUGUGCACCUAUUACUGUCCACCUUAUAUUCCUCAAUACAACUUGACGUCGUUUGGUUUCAACACAGAGAGAUGUUGCUAUGACGAACAGUUUCAGGAUUUAUCUCUCGUAGAUCGAAGGCAAGCUUGGUUGGUAUUCAAAGUGACUGAUAAGCGCACUGGAGAGAUUCUUAUUACGGCUAUCUUGGAUACAGAUAAUUAUAAAUCCUUUGUAGUGUUUUACGCUUGUAACAUUAGAACAGCUAAAGGAGAGCCCUACAUAAAUGUUAUUACCAGAGACAUCAGAGGACUGACGCUAGAGAAUGAAAGGAGAGUUAACGCUGUCCUCAGAGCAAACAAUUUAUGUCCGGAAAAACUGAUAGUGGUUAACAGAAGGAAUUGCCCACCUAAGGGACAGCCCUCCAUAAACGUUAUUAGCAGAGACAUCAGCGGACUGAACCCGGAGGUUGAAAGAAGAGUUGACGCUGUCCUCAGAGUAAACGGCAUAUGCCCGGAGCAACUGACAGGAAUACUGGUUCACAUUCUUUAUAGUGACUGA